AUGAUUGUGACGCGGGACGACGGAGUGGUCGGUUCGUGCGUGGAGACAGAGGCGCGGGCGUUCGAGCAGCCGCGUGUGCAAGUGCAGCAGGCGGCCCCCAUUGCGAUACAAGCGGUCAGAUUGGAGCAGCCGCCGGGGUAUUUUUUAACCGCCCCCGAGAUAAACCGUGUCGGCAUGCAAAUGCCAGAAUUUACACCGUCGGAUCCGGUGCUCUGGUUUAACAUCGUCGACCGGAGUUUCCAAGCCGCCGGAAUCACGGUCGACGCGACGAAGUUCGGAUACGCGUUAACAUCUAUCGGGCCGAAUUACACUGCCGAGGUGCGAGAUAUCAUUAUGAAUCCGCCUGCGGAGCACGCGUAUGAAACGCUGAAGACAGAGUUAGUCAAGCGUCUGAGCUUGUCACAGGAGCAUAAGACCCGGAGGCUCCUGGAACACGAGGAGAUUCCGCAUUUGGUGACGCGUACGACGGAUACGAUUGAACAACUGACAGAUAUCGCGGAUGCGAUUGUCGAGGCGACCCGAGCACCGGCCUUUCAAGUGGCCGAGGCAGCAAAAUUCGUGCUACCGCAGACGCAAUGCGCGAGCGAUCCCGGGGCCUUGGAAGCUAGAUUGGAGGUGCGACUGGCCCAGAUGCGGCUGGCCAUGCAACAGGAGAUGGCGGAGCAGCUGACGGCCAUCCGGAAGUCGAUCGAGGCGAUCGGUGACGGUCGAUACCGAGAAGAUGAUCGACGUCGUUCGCGCUCUCGUUCGCGUUCGCGUUCGCGCCCGCGAGCGCGAUCCAGCAGCCAUGGUCUACCGGCCAGCGGCGUAUGCUGGUACCACUGGCAAUUUGGAGCGGAAGCACGACAGUGCAGAGCAUCCUGCUCCAUGCAACAGCAGGGAAACGCAGGAGCCGGUCGUUAG